ACACGGCGGGCCUCCACACUCUUUGUCGCCGGACCGCCUGGUACAGGUAAAACUGUGGUGCUGCUGCUGAUGGCCAUAGAGUGGCUGCGAUGUGGUCACCACGUCUACGUUGUCAGUACGUGGAUAGGGAGUCGUGCAGCGUGCACCAUGUUGUAUCACCUGUUGCUGCAGACAGUAAAGACACAACAGUCAGCAGGUGUAUCACCCGGUCAGCCUCACCUGCUGCAGUAUAACCUUGAUGGCGGUGACGACGUGGAGAAGGUCGUCAACGACUUGUCACAGGCGGCGAGCGGAGGGUCGUUGUACGUCAUCGCUGAUGAAGUAGGGAGUGAGUUGAGUCUUGGCUACACAAUGAGCAACUUCCAGACUUUGUGUGAGUUGCUGCUCAAACGAGUUCCUCGUCUCCAUCUGUGGGCGGCGAGUUAUUUCCAUGGAUACAAAGCCGCCGACUGGCAAGUUGAAUAUUUAACCAGACCCCUCCGCUCCCCUCCGGCCGUCGUCAGGGAAGUCGAGCAGGACGAGAGGAUCAAUAUAGAAGGUUGUGUACUGCCGUACAGUGAGCGAGGUGUGCCCGACCACACAGACGGCACGCCAGUCACACGACUGUAUCACCGAGGUCAGGGUCACUCAGGACGCUUUCCAGUUGACUGUGUGACGUGCGGUCGUGAGGUGGCCAGCUUCCUACACAGUCUCCGUGUUGGUGUUACAGGGAGAAGCACAACAACAUCUACAACAUUGACCUCUACCAGUGGCGGCACAACACCACCCUGUCUACAGUGGAGAGACGUCCUGGUGUUGUACUGGCGUGACAUUAGUGAUCAGUCGGGUGUGGUCACAGGACUGCAAGAAGCGGGUAUCCCAGUGCGAGUGAUGAAGGAUGAUGACAUCGAGGACGUGGCCACGGCUUGCAGUGACGUGGUGUGGGUGGUGGGUGAACAUCGUGUUCGUGGUCUGGAGAGAAAAGUUGUCGUCUCUCUGGAGAAUAGUGAUCUCGGUUUAUAUAGAACUAUGUAUUUAGAAAAGUAUAACCUUACCACUGUCCGACUUGAGCUCAUGUCCCGCUGUACGUCACAACUUGUGACUAUCUCACAUGACGACAAGCCUCUAGAAGGUGACACCUGUCACCUGCUGUAGUCGUGUGUCAGUCUCUUACACCAAUUGUCUUUUAGUGUUUGUCCUCUUCCACGUCAUCACAUGAU